AUGAGUUCACCACAUAUCAGGUUUUUCAUAACUCAAUUAAUAAACGUAUUUAUCUGUAGUUUAUUUAUUUGGCGGCAAAGUAACGGUCUUUGUAUAAGGGCUUCGUGUUUAACUGAGUUGACGGAGGAUGAGAGCAAUGCUACUCUACAAUACGUACUGGACAAGUAUGAUCAAGUUAAACUAAAAAUUAUGGGUCAACCCGUAUCUAUUUACGGUAUGCGUUUGACAUACGACGAUGAAGAGGAAUUAAAUAUACAUUUCAAAUAUGUCGAUAAUACACAGCAAGAUGUAAUACAGAAUUGUGUUUUUGUUAUUUACCAUCGCAGCAAUGAAUGCGAGUUGAUACAAACAAUCUGUAAUACAUUUUUGCCUAUAACGCCACGACCGCUAUUGAAGCUUAAUGAUUUGCGAGUGUGCAAUGACAACGACGUGCAACUGGUAGAAAUGAAGGAAUUCGUAAAGGAAUUGCAAACAGAAGCAACACCGUCAACAGCAUCAACGUCAGUGACAGAAGUAGAACAAGAACACGUUGAUGAAACAACUGUAACGAAAGCAUGA